AUGACCUACCAGUCUAACCUGAACAUCAAAGCCGAACCAUUCUCUCCAACUGCCCAGAACGACAUCUUGGCAAUGGCUGGUUCCAAAACAGUCAGCAGAACCACGACCAGAGGCGGCACUCCGGCUAAACGUCCCAAGAGCGAGACUAGAGAACUUCAGGCGUCCACACCAGAGAUCAAAAAGAAGUUGCAGAGUGCAGUUCUGGACCGAAGGAAGGCCAACGGCUUCACGGGCAUUCCUAACAAUCUGUUUGAGGAGCCAACAGUUUCUCAGCUAACAAAGGCCGACAUAGAAAGACGGGAGAAACGGAAAGAGCAGAACAGAAAAGCUGCCAAGAAAUGUAGAGCUAAGAAGAAGGAGCUUCAAGACAAGGCUGAGAAGGAGACCGCCCAGUACGCUGAAUCCAACGUGAUAAUGCAGCGGCGUUUGUAUCUUAUGUACCAGAGACUGUGUGCACUGGCUAUGUGUUUCAGCCAGCACCUCGACUGUGGCGACUGCAGAGUUCCCGUUGAGGCAAAAGAGAAAGAUCGACAGUUCAUUUCUGAGACGAUCAAGUUUCUAGAAUCUUGCACUAAAGUAGGUGUACCAGAAGAGGAGCAAGCUUCUUUUGCAGAGUUUAGUACUGAUCACAAUGAUACGUCUCAGCUUUCCUCCAUCAGUGACAACUACACCAGCAACAGCGAGGCCGUCGAGCACCACCUACUUUAA